AUGCUAGAAGAUAUACAAUAUUUGACGUUUUAUUUUUUAUCGUGUCUUUUAAGAUUAUGGAGUUCAACCUUACCAGGAUAUAUACAUCCUGAUGAAUUUUUUCAGUCACCUGAAAUAAUGGGUGAAGAUAUUUUCGGAUAUGAAGUAUUUCGUCCUUGGGAAUUUGAGAAAAGUCCACAAUGUAGAUCUAUAAUUGUUCCAGCAUUGACAAUUGGAGUUCCGUUUAGCAUUUUAAAUACUAUAAAUACACUUGUAAUGAAACUUGGGUUUAAUGGUAUGAGUAAAUAG